AUGACCCCUGGACCGACCAAGCCCAUGCGCCGCUGCAUGGCCCCCUGUGUCCAGUGCCUACCUCCCGUGGCUGCUGCCGCCACCGUGCCCAAGAGAAAGGCUGAAGAGGAUGCUAAAGGAGAUAAGGCCACAGUGAAGAACGAAAAACCAGCUCCUCCAAAGCCAGAACCCAAGCCUAAAAAGGCCCCUGCAAAAAAUGGAGAGAAGGUACCCAAAGGGGAAAAGGGGAAAGCUGAUGCUGGCAAGGAGGGGGAUAACCCUACAGAAGACGGAGAUGCCAAAACAGACCAGGCCCAGAAAGCUGAAGGUGCUGGAGAAGCCAAGGGAAGGCAUAGACUUAACUCCCUCAAAUCCAGAGACCUGUUGGGACCUGACCGCAAUUUGGUAGCAGCAUGA